UUGCAGCUCUAAACGGCAAAAAAAUAUUUUGACAAAAAUGUCAAAUUGCUGGAUCGAAUGUUUCCAAUCAUAUAUAAAUAACCGCAGUACCUUUCUUUAUCAAAAGAUUAAAGGAGAAAAUGAAACGUGUACGUUACGUUCGAUCAAUUUGAUUAUAUAUAGCGUAGUUGACAUAAAAGUUAAAUUAUUCGUCGAUAAUAUGUCAAUUACAUGCCGUAUCAUUUUAAUUAGCUAUGUUUGUACAUUGACACAAGUGUCGAAAGCUACGUGUGUUUUUUGGCGGAUAAAUUAUUUUUUACGAACUCUACAGCUUAUAUAAAUGAGAAACGCAAUAUCUUGGCAUUGUCUCAAAUUCGUCGUGUUUGAAGGGGUCAAAAAUGGCGAAAUUCCCAAUUGUACUCUGUUUCUUCGUUAUAGCUGCGUAUGGUAGUGCCUUUCCUGGGUUACCAGGAUUCCUCGAUCCAGCGAGCAGAAUACAUAAACACGAAGAAAGAGUUAUGGUAAAAAUAAAAGGCAUCGUUCAAGACGCAAAGGUAGUCUUAAAGCAUCAUAAAGAGGAAGCUAAUUUUUAUCUGAAGCAAAUAAGAGAAAACAGCAAAGAAAUAAAGAGGAAUGCGAAAUAUAAAGUCAAUGACAUAUUGAAGAAUGUGGCACAUGAAAUGAAAAUUUUAAAAAAAAAAGCACAUAGAAAUAAUAACGACCAGUGCACAGCUAUCGCAAAGGACUUGAAGAAAAUACGUGACAAGAUCUUAAAUUCGGUUAAUAAAUGUGUUUCAAACUACAUGGAUGAAGCGAUAGAAGUGGAAGAGAAAAUAGUUCGAGCUUCUGAAAACUUCCAGACUAAGACUGAAGAUAUUGUUAACGAAACUGCACAAUGUGUCGUAUCCAACUUAGAGAUCAUUAAUGCAAUUGCAUGUUUAGAUAACGGACUGAUGGAAGUAACGCACCUUUCGAACAAGGAACUUCCGAAGAUUACACAAGAAGCCACCCAAAAGAUUAAACAUAUGUCAACAUUGAAACAUACACUAUCAGACUGCAAAGUAACAAAGCUUCAACUAUCUCUUUUGGAAAAACUUGAAAAAAUCCUCAAAAAGAUUAAAAAAUGCAACAAUGAUGAGCCUCAAACUUCGACAACACAACGCUCGACACCAUCACAUGGUACACGCGCACCGCAUACAUCAGACAAAACAACUGUAACUACGAAAGUACCAACUAGUAGUACCACGCAAGAAUCGACUUCCAGAAACACAAAAAAACCAGCUAGUAGUGCAACUGAAAAAUCAACCUCAAGCACUACAGAAGGGUCAGCUGGCAGCACUACACAAAAAUCUACCACAGGUAGCACAGAAGGACCAGCAAGUCCAAGCACUACGAGUACAAAGGAAUCAUCCUCCAGCAGCACAGAACAACCUACGAUUAGCACUACCCAAGAAUCCAGCCCAAGCAGCACAGAAGCUCCAAAUACUACUAGCACAAAGGAAUCAUCCUCAACCAGUACAGAAGAACCCGCUAGUAGCACUACCCAAGAAUCCAGCUCAGGCCCCACAGGAGGUCCAAGUUCUACUAGUACAAAGGAAACAUCCUCAGACACCACAGAAGGACCAGCAAGUAGCACUACCCAAGAAUCCGGCUCAAGCAACACAGAAGGACCAGUUCUUACCAGUACCCAAGAAUCUAGCUCAAGCAGCACAGAAGGAUCAGCAAGUAGCACUACGCAGGACUCCAGCUCAAGCAGCACAGAAGGAUCAGCGAGUAGCACUACCCAAGAAUCCAGCUCAAGCAGCACACAAGGUCCAAGCACUACGAGUACAAAGGAAUCAUCCUCCAGCAGCACAGAACAACCUACGAUUAGCACUACCCAAGAAUCCAGCCCAAGCAGCACAGAAGCUCCAAAUACUACUAGCACAAAGGAAUCAUCCUCAACCAGUACAGAAGAACCCGCUAGUAGCACUACCCAAGAAUCCAGCUCAGGCCCCACAGGAGGACCAGCAAGUAGCACUACUCAAGAAUCCGGCUCAAGCAACACAGAAGGUCCAACCAGUAGCACUACCCAAGAAUCCAGCUCAGGCCCCACAGGAGGACCAGCAAGUAGCACUACCCAAGAAUCCGGCUCA